AUGGCGACAGGAAACAACACCCCCAUCACCGAAUGGGUAUCCAAGAACUCCAAAACCGGCGAAUUCAAGCGCGGGGUAUCACAGUUCCGCGACUUCAUCUCCAGCGAGCCUGAUGCACAGUUUCCGCCGGAGAAGGGGCGGUAUCAUCUUUAUGUUUCGUAUGCUUGUCCAUGGGCGCAUCGAACAUUGAUUACUCGCAAGCUCAAGGGGUUGGAGGAUAUCAUCCCUGUGACGGCAGUACAUUGGCAUAUGGGUGAAAAGGGAUGGCGAUUCGUCACACUAGACGAAACCCUUCCUGGGGACGAUGUCCGCGCCGACCCAAUUCACCCAGGUUUCACGCAUCUGCGCGACAUCUACUUUGACGUAGACCCUGAAUACACAGGACGCUUCACUGUGCCAACAUUGUACGAUACCAAGACGAACCGUAUCGUCUCUAAUGAGAGCUCAGAAAUAAUCCGCAUGUUCUAUCACGGAUUCGACUCCCUCCUCCCCGAAUCGUAUGCAAAGAUCGACUUACUCCCUGACUCGCUCCGCGCCGACAUCGAAUCUUCCAACGAGUGGAUCUACAACGACAUCAACAACGGGGUGUACAAAUCCGGUUUCGCGACUUCGCAGGAAGCAUACGAAAAGGCCGUUACUACCCUUUUCGCAGCCUUGGACAAGGUCGAGGCCCAUUUAACCGGCAAGAAAUAUAUGUACGGCGACAGCGUCACCGAGUCUGAUAUUCGUCUGUACACAACAAUCGUACGAUUCGACCCCGUAUACGUUCAACACUUCAAGACCAAUCUCCGGGAUAUUCGGUCCGGAUACCCCGCGAUCCACAAGUGGUUGAGACAUUUGUACUGGGAUAUUCCCGCGUUUGGCGAAACGACGCAGUUUGAGCAUAUCAAGAAACAUUAUACAAAGUCGCAUGCGCAGAUCAAUCCGUUUGGGAUUACACCCUUGGGACCUGUGCCGGACAUUUUGCCCAAGGAUCAGGAGGUUAAUGCUGUUAAAGCAUUUUCUACAUAG